GAGGAAGAAAGGCGCUCGCCGCUCGCCCAUCUCUCCCGAAACAACCGCUCGCCACCCGUCUUCCCCCCUGCCCUCCCACGCUCCUCCUCCCCAUUCCCCUCCCUCUUCUUCCCUUGGCCACGGCCUCCUCCAUCGGACCCAAUCUCCACCACACGCGCCUCCGGAUCUCGCGCGCCGCCUCCAAGGGGAUCCUCCCGUCCUCCUCCGCCGUUCGGCUGGGCUGUCGUCGAGCGGGGAUCGGCCCGGGCUCUCUGUCGCUGGUUGCUAAAAUGGAUAAGCUCAAUGGUUCUGCGCGUCUCAUGAUUGUUUCAGACCUCGACCAUACAAUGGUUGAUCAUCACGACGAAGAGAACUUGUCUCUGCUUAGGUUUGGGGCCCUUUGGGAGUCUACUUACUGUCAGGAUUCUCUACUUGUCUUCUCGACCGGAAGAUCACCCACUCUCUAUAAGGAAUUGAGGAAAGAGAAGCCUAUGCUGACUCCAGACAUCACUAUUAUGUCGGUGGGCAGCGAGAUUACUUAUGGCGAGGCCAUGGUUCCUGAUGAUGGCUGGGAGGAAUAUCUGAACAAUAAGUGGGACAAGAGUAUUGUUCUUGAGGAGACCGCUAAGUACUCUGAGCUGAAGCUUCAGGCAGAGACAGAACAGCGUCCACACAAGGUCAGCUUCUUGGUUGACAAGAAGACUGCUCAGGAAGUGAUCAAGUCUCUCUCGGAGAAGUUUGAGAAACGUGGGGUAGAUGCGAAAAUAAUCUAUAGUGGUGGCCAAGACCUUGACAUAUUAGCUCAAGGGGCUGGAAAGGGUCAGGCGCUUGCAUAUUUACUCAAGAAGUUCGCCUCAUGCGGGAAAACACCCAACAAUACUCUUGUUUGUGGUGACUCUGGCAAUGAUGCAGAAUUAUUCAGCAUCCCUGGUGUGCACGGUGUCAUGGUUAGCAAUGCCCAAGAGGAACUACUCCAGUGGCGUGCAGAAAAUGCGAAGGAUAACCCUAAGGUAAUUCAUGCAACUGAGAGGUGUGCUGCUGGUAUUAUUCAAGCUAUCGGGCACUUCAAGCUAGGACCUAAUGUUUCUCCAAGAGACGUUGAGUUUCCUUACGUCAAGGAGGACUCUUUCAAGCCUACAGCGGCUGUUGUGAAGUUCUAUGUUCUCUGCGAGAAGUGGCGUAGGGCUGACGUUCCAAAGACUGAUUCAGUUAUAGAGUACUUCAAAAACAUCACGGAUGCAAGUGGAGUUAUUAUUCAUCCCUCUGGCCUCGAACUUUCGAUCCAUUCUUCCAUCAAUGCGUUGGCUUCAUGUUAUGGUGACAAACAAGGGAAAAAGUACCGAUCAUGGGUGGACAGACUAGUUAUCUCACAGACUGCUUCUGACAGUUGGCUUGUGAGAUUUGACUUGUGGGAGGCAGAAGGUGAUAAGUGGGUGUGCUGUUUGACAACUCUUGCGCUGAAUGUAAAGCCUGAAACCCCUGGGGGUUUCGUGGUAACACACAUCCACAAGACAUGGCUCAAAGAAUAUUCCGGGGAUGAGCAGGCGUCCAAGCUCUAGACUGGAUCUCCACCGGCGGCGCACGGGAAGGAAAUUUUCUUGAGAAUCAAAUAAGAAGCGCACAGAAAACACGAGAAUUUCUUUUUCUUGUUCAUAAUGUUAAUAAGUCCUCCCAGACACUACAUAUAUCAUACUGGAUGAAGUCUACGGAGGUCUUGAUGCUUCGGCUAAUGCUUACUUGAUGUGUAAGAUAAAAAUAUUAUAUCUUGUUACUGCAUGACAAGCUGAAGUAAAUGAUCCCAGUCCCGGUAAUAUGUCGAUGGACUUGUUAUUGUUCA